GGGCGCGGUUGACGGAAGUGCGUGGCCGCCCGGGGCCAUGGCGGCGCUCGGCGUCGUCUGCCUGCUGCUCGGGGCGGCGUCCUGGCCGUCGGCCUCGGCCUCGGGCGAGGAGUUCUGGCCCGGCCAGUCGGCGGCGGACAUCCUGUCGGGGGCGGCGUCCCGCAGACGGUAUCUGCUGUAUGACGUCAACCCCCCGGAGGGCUUCAACCUGCGCAGGGAUGUCUACAUCCGCAUUGCGUCCCUCCUGAAGACGCUGCUGAAGACUGAGGAGUGGGUGCUGGUGCUGCCUCCGUGGGGCCGCCUCUACCACUGGCAGAGCCCGGACAUUCACCAGGUCCGGAUUCCCUGGUCCGACUUUUUCGAUCUUCCAAGUCUCAAUAGAAACAUCCCGGUCAUUGAGUACGAGCAGUUCAUUGCAGAGUCCGGCGGGCCCUUCAUCGACCAGGUUUAUGUUCUGCAAGGUUACGCAGAAGGGUGGAAAGAGGGCACCUGGGAGGAGAAGGUUGACGACCGGUCCUGCAUCGACCCGCCGCUGUACUCACAGGACAAGCACGAGUACUACAGGGGAUGGUUUUGGGGAUAUGAAGAAACGAGGGGUCUGAACGUCUCCUGUCUGUCUGUUCAGGGGUCGGCUUCUGUCAUUGCACCUGUGCUUCUGAGGAACACGUCGGCACGGUCGGUGAUGCUGGACAGAGCCGAGAACCUCCUGCACGACCACUACGGAGGCAAGGAGUACUGGGACACUCGCAGGAGCAUGGUUGCCAAGCCGCUGCGGGCCGUAGGUGACGAGUUCAGAAGCAAAUACCUUAACUCCACCGACGAGGCCGACAGGAUCCCCUUCCAGGAGGACUGGACCAAGAUGAAGGUCAAGCUGGGCUCCUCGCUGGGGGGCCCGUACCUCGGCGUUCACCUGAGAAGGAAGGAUUUCAUCUGGGGACACCGGGAGGAUGUGCCCAGUCUGGGUGGAGCUGUGAAGAAGAUCCGCAGCCUCAUGGAGACCCAUGGGCUGGGCAAGGUGUUUGUGGCCACCGACGCCGUCAGGACAGAGUAUGAGGAGCUCAAGAGGCUGUUACCCGAGAUGGUGAGGUUUGAGCCCACGUAAGAGCUGGAGCUCUACAAGGACGGCGGCGUGGCCAUCAUCGAUCAGUGGGUCUGCUCGCAUGCCAGGUUCUUCAUCGGCACGUCUGUGUCCACAUCUUUCCGGAUUCACGAGGAGAGAGUCCUGGGCCUGGACCCCAGCACGACGUACAACCGGUUUUGUGGGGACCAGGAGACAGUGUGUGAGCAGCCCACGCACUGGAGGAUCGCGUACUGAGCAGGCCCGUGGGCCGCCACCUGGACCCAUUUUACAUGCAGUUGACUGAUAACGUGUCACCGUGGGGUUGCCCCUGCUCCCGCCCCGUGGCUGGGCAGUCAGAUUGUCACUUCUCGGGUGUCAGUCCCAGAGGCCACGUGCGGGCACAGCCCACGGCCACGUGAGCCACGGUGGGGGCCCCGUUGUGUCUGGAGUUGCGUCCGUUCUGUGUCUGCCAGCCGCUUGCCACCUGUGAAAAAGCUGCCGCUUCCUGGGGACCCUGCUUGUGUCUCCUGUUGGGAUAUGACCCUGUGUGUCACCCGCCAGCAAGGCCCGCGGCGUGUUUCUCUUGGUGCGUGUGUCACGGGCAGGUGUGGCCUGCGAAACGGCUCCCAUCCCAUUGGCCACGCAGAGCUGGCUGUGCUUGGGACAUGGGGUGGUUGGAGUCUGGCGCGGCCGUCGUGGCUCCGUGGUGGCCUCUGUCCUGACUGAGACCUGGAGUGAGUUGGAGGGAACGGGGCCUGCGGUCUCGCAGAGCCGGUCGAGGCCUUCAGGGCCUGUGAAGCCGUCCUCUCUCUUCUCCCUUAACCGAGUGCCAGAAAGUUCCACGGCAGAUCUUCAGUGACUUGUCUUGUUCACACGGAAACCCCUGCGGCUGCGGGAAUCGUCACAUCUGUGUCUGGCCGGCUGCCUCUGUCUGUGAUCGUUGCUGAUCGCUUGUCUGAGAAGCGCCACCUGCUCCCUCGCGGCAGGGGCACCUCGGCCCUGCAUCUCCAGGAACCCUCUUCUAGGCCUUCAGCACUGCCGCCACCGAGGGGCCACCAGGGCCACCUGUCCGCUGUGCAGUGCGGCCACGGGCCCUGUCUCCUCUGACGGGUACCCUGACUUUUCAGGGACACGCGGUGUCCAGCCGCGGGUGGUGAGUGCGGCCACGGGGCCCUCCUGCUGUGCCUGGCCACGCCGGGCCGCGGCCCAGAGCCUGGGGUUCUUCUCUGUGUCCUCCCGAGCUUGCAGACUCGACGUGAGUGCGCUAGUGUCCCAUACUGUCAACUGUGCAGAGUGAAGUAACGAGAUAUUUAUUCUAUUUCCGUUUGUACGCUCAGAUAGUAUUAAUAAAGUGAAUUUCUAGAAAGCAGGA